AUGGCUCUGAGAGUAAAAGAAAUAAGUGCAGACAUUGGUUGGGAAAGAAGUCCCCUUGACCGUUUCUAUGUGGUUGUUUCCUUUGAAGGGAAAGAGAGACAGACGACCACAGUGAGACCAUCCCGAGUGAGAACAGAGAUACCGCUAGUGGGCCAUGCUGUGAACUGGGAUGAGGAGUUAGUGUUCCCACUGAAGGAACCCUUGCAGACCAGCGGUACUCAAUCACUCAAGCUUGACGUGUACCGACAAAAGAGAGGCAACAAGUUUAUCGGUACAUUGGAUAUCUCUCUUGGUCUUCUCAGAAAUGGCAGAUACCAAUCCCCACCACUCUCUUUAAAGAACAAAGAGGGAGAGUCACUGGAGGAGUCUACAGUCAGUGUGACAGUGGAGUAUGAUGAUCCCACUAGCAGUCCUGCCGAGGAGAUAUAUGAUGCAUCUGUUCAAGAGUACGAAUACAAGCUGAACGAGUUGCUGAGAGAUAAAAAGAACACCAUCAACCUCCGCUACCUCAAACUGUACCUAAUCGGCCUUUCAGGGCUCGGCAAAACCACCUUCCGAAAACGUCUGCUGGGUCACCUACUUAAUCUGGCAUCAAUCCCACCACAAGACAGAAAACGCUGCAGUACUCUUCUUGCCGAGUGUACUCAAGUCCUGGCUGUGUCAAGUGACUCCAAAUUGAUUCUCAAAGCCUCCACAGAUAUUGACAACGAAGCACAACUGAUUUUUGCUUACUUGAUUGGCUUUCAGCAAGUUCUAAAAACUGCCAUUUCCAAAGUAUUCGAAUCUGCUGAUCCAACGAAUGAUGCCAUUGAUGAUUCAAAGCCAAAUGAAGAUUCUGAAGCAAAUCAAGUUCCCCAGGAAGGAUCAAGCCAGCCAGCCAAACCAAGGCCUCCAGAAACCAAGAUCGACAAGAUUAUUGAAAAUCUUCGAGAUAUUGUCAAGCGAGGCAAUUACAUGGAACAGUUGGUAGGCAAAGUUUUGCUCAACAUUAUCGACAUAGGUGGGCAACCCGGCUUCAUGGAGAUGCUUCCAUUUUUGAGCAAAGGCCCAGGGAUGUUUCUCGCCUUCUUCCCUCUCGAUAAAGAUCUCGACGAGCUUUAUGAAGUUUCCUACGAACGUGACCAAGACAAAAUCACCCCCUACAAAGCAAAGUAUACGAUUCGAGAGACCCUCUCCCAAAUUCUUUCAGCCAUCAGCCAUCACGUCACAGUUAAUUCGGAUCUUGAUUCCAAGAUUGCCGAUAAAGUUGAACAUUUCCGAGAUCUUCAAGCUGUCGUGAGUCUAGUGGGCACUUACCAAGACAAGUUGGAAGUUCAAGCCAAGGCAGAAGUGUUUCAGGCAAAGCUCACGGGGGAUUACCCUGGUCUUGACGCAAACACUCUGGGAGCCGCAAUACAGCUGAUUCUGGAGGUGCAGCAAGAAGUCGAAUCUGAGCAGAAGGUGGAGGAGAUCUUUUCCGAAUUAGAAGCAGAGGUUGGCAAGCAGCUUGAAUUGGAUUCAUUUUCAAAAAACCUGAUGGAACAUGUGGAACAAAAAGUAAAACCGAAGGCUACCACUGAUAAACAGCAGAAACCAACCACACCACGAGAGGAUGCCGAAUUGCAAAGCAAAGUGGAAGUUCUCGAGAAAACGCUACCUCAUGAAAUCAAAAAGAAAUUGAAACAGAGCACACCCAAAGCUAUUCAAUUUUCGCUCCAGAUGAAGCAAUGUAACGAAACCCUCUCCAAGCUAGCAAGUGUUGUUGAUCAGUUGAGCACUGAUUCUACCAUUCAAGCCGAUACUAAAAAGUGUUUGCAGUCAAAGCUCCAAAAGAAACACGAAGCCUUAUCCACCAUUACCUCAAAUUUUGGUGACGUCAUCAGCCACCCAGAUGAUAAUAAUUUCUUCUCCGUGGACAACUUCAGUGGCACAGAUGCUGACAUUGAUCCGAUUCGUGAACACCUUCAAACGGUGUUUGACUCGUUUUUCCGAAAAGCCAAUCUCCCGAUUCGCCCAGUACAGCUCCUCUUUGGUGUCAUUCUGAGAAAAGAAUUUGAAAUUGCGACGAUGGAAGAGUGUAUUCAGAUUGGCAAAGCAUUGCAGAUGAAUGAAGAGGAGGUGAAGUUCACCAUUUGGUAUUUGCACCAGUGUGUGGGGGCCCUUCUCUACUACCCUGACAUCACGGACAAGGAGUCGUACUUCAAAAACCGUGUCAUCUGCAGCCCCAAUGUUGUCUUCAACAGUAUUAGUCUUCUGAUUGUCGAAUCUCUUCUAUCUCUACACUCAUGUGAUAGGAAGUCUUGUUUCACUGCCGCCGAGAUCAAGAAGUGGCAAGAACUGGGGCAAUUCUCGAUUGCUAUGAUUGAACGCUGCUUUUCCAAGUCAAACGAGACAAAAGUGAAGGAAGGUGAAUUGAUCCCGGUCGACAAGCUUGUGAAGUUGCUUGAGCAUGUCAGUCUCCUUGCACCCAUAGUUGGUAAAGGUCCCCAGCCAGUCUACUUCAUGCCAGCUAUCCUCCAAUGUGCCUCAAAGAAAGAGCUUUCAAAUGCUCCAGCCAUUGACUCCGACACACCCUCUCCAAUCAAGAUCACCUUCAAGUCUGGCUAUGUGCCCAUUGGUGUCUUCUGUGCCAUGAUUAGCAAAUUGGUUUCCGAGGGACAAAAGGACAUUUUGGGGAUGGAAUGGAAUCUGCGAGAAUCUCAUGUCAUGAGAAAUCUGGUUUCUUUCAAUGUCGAUAGUGCCAAACACCACAUCACGCUGGUAGCCCACACCGACUGUUACGAGAUUCGACUCACAAGACGUGAAGAUUGUGACAUGCAUGAUCUCUGCUCCUAUGUGCUGACUACCGUCCUGUAUGUGAUGAGUGGAAUUAGCAAGAAUAUCGAGCCGAUUAUUGCAUUCGAUUUUCAGUGCCUAAAGCAUCAACAAGUGGAAGAGGUGUGUCUGUGCAAGCUGGAAGGACGCAACCCCAUGUUUCGAUGUGAGCACGGCCGUGUUGACAGUCUACCACCCCAUCAGGAGUGCUGGUUUGCAAAGGAAGUUAAGCUGGAUGAGAAAGCUGUUCUUGUAGCACUGCCAUUUGCUGACCCUGAUGACCUCUCCUUCAAGUGGACCAGGAAAGGCAAAAAGGUGGCAGGUGGAUCAGAUAACGAGCUUACUGUGGACAAAGUGACGAGGGAUCAUUGCGAUGGGUUCUACACUUGUGAAGUAUCCAAGAACAAGCAGUUCUGCUUCAAAGUGCACCACUGCUUGAAAAGUAUCAGUGAGGCCACAGCUACAGGUGGUGACAUAACUCUCAAGACUGUCAAAGAUGCUACUUGGGAUGCUCGUGCAAAGUGGUACCACCUGGCCAUUAACUUGGAUGUGGACAGUGGAACUAUUGAUAGCAUCAGAGAGACUAACUACAAUAACACGGAGAAGUGUUUUGUUGCAAUGCUGGAGGCGUGGUUCAAGAAGGGAUCUCCGAGCUGGUCGGUGAUGGUGGAGGCUUUGAGAGGCCGUGGGGUGGAGGGAGGGGCCCUAGCCAACAAUAUCGAGAGGAACUUUAUGAACACUUACUAGUUAGCGAACAAACUUCCACAAUAAUUAUAAACUUGUCCAAUUUUUUUAUUUUGUUGAUUGUCAUCAUACAUGUAAUAAUUAUAUUUUUAUAUGCAAAAUCGAAGAG